AUGGACAUCAUGAUCAAAGCUCUUCAUGCUCGGGGACACUCUGUCGAUGUGGUACAAACCAAUAAAAGCUGGUACAUCAAAGAUGACUUCCCGCACUACAAACCAAUCACAGUUCCUGUUGUUGAAGUUUUUAAUCCGGAUUUUCUUAACCUCAUUCUGAAAAGGUGUAAACCUUCAGAACCACUUCCUGAACACUUGGAGGACUUUGUCCAGAGUUCUGGAGAACAUGGCUUCAUCCUCAUGUCUCUGGGGACUUUUGUGACUGAACUUCCUGCUGAUAUAACAAAUGAGAUCGCUGCAGCUUUUGCUAAACUGCCACAGAAAGUCAUCUGGAAGUAUAAAGGUGACAAGCCAGUUGGUCUGGGUAAUAACACUUCAUUUGUUGAUUGGAUGCCCCAGAAUGACCUUUUAGGUCACCCUAAAAUAAAAUUAUUUAUGUCACAUGGAGGAACAAACCGAGUCCAGGAAGCUAUUUAUCAUGGAGUUCCCAUUGUGGGCCUACCUGUGUUUUUUGACCAGUAUGAUAACCUGCUUCGCUUGAAAGAAAAAGGAGCAGCUAAAAUUCUUACAUUAGCCAUUGUGGAUAAUUUUCUGAAGGCCUUACAUGAAGUCCCGAGUGAUCCCUCGUACAGGACGAACAUGCAGAGACUUUCCAGGCUACACAGAGAUAAACCAGUAAUGCCACUGGAUAACGCCCUCUUCUGGAUAGAGUUUGUCAUGAGGCACAAAGGAGCAGCUCACCUGAAAGCAGAGUCCUACAGAAUGCACUGGUAUUCCUACUACUCUGUAGAUGUAGCUGGUAUGUCUUGA